GGUAUUGUUCAACAUUACUCUUCUUUCUCUCUCCGAGCGCAUCAUGAACCGACAGGUGUCCCCUCAAACUCCUCACAGUUUGGACCAUAACCGGUAGGGAGGAAUUAAAUUCGGUGUAUUGGAUGCAAUGGAUAUAAUCGCAUAUGCGUGUGCCUCAUAUCUCAAACCAGUCUGAGAAAGAAAGCAUUGCUUUGUUCCUCCUUGUUGGCUCCCCUUUUCUCUGUUUUUCUGUGGUAUUCUAACCACCCAGCAAUCAAACCUUGUCGGUUGCAGUGUCCUGUGCAUGUCCCUUGGGUUGUUAUCAAAGCCCUCGUUCUCACUCCACCACAACCUCGAUUUUGCCAAUGAACGCAGACCUUGGCCCAUCUUUUUUUGUCACCAUACAAAACAGGACUUGCUCAUCAUACUUUUCCGUCGAUCCUUUACAUAGUAUAAAUAAAUCCCAUUGCUUCCAUCUGUUUCAGCUUCAGUUCAUGCCUACCCUGCAACUUUAGCCAUUUCCACAACUUUCAGAUGCUUCUGUUCUUUGUCUCAUGCUUCUCAUUCAUCCUAAUCUCUAGAUCCAUGUCUUGCAAGCCACUCUUGCCCAUGAGAAACCAGUUGACCCUAUUGUCUCCCUUCUUGUCUUGGGGACAGUUUUCAAGCUUCCUCAUGUCUUUCUUUCACAGAAUCAAGCUGAACCAGGUCCUCAUGAUGAAGCCACUCAAGAAGAUGACGACUGGUCCAUCUCAAGUUCAAGACUUUCCUGGGGAGGAAAAGGCUUCCCUGUUGGACUUGCCUGAACUGACCUUGGACUGCAUACUGGAGAGGCUCUCACCGGCUGGGCUGUGUAGUAUGGCUGAGGUUUGUAGCUCAAUGAGGGAAAAGUGCAGGAGUGACCAUCUGUGGGAAAAACACAUGAAGCAAAAAUGGAACAGAUUGAUUGGUGAUGCUGCUACAAGAGAGUGGCAAUGCCAGCUCGCCUCAAGAAAGAGGCCUAGCCUCUAUGGCCUGGACAGGAGAAAAGGGUUCAAGAAAGAUUUGCUUUUUAGGGUUUGGCCCUUUACUUGGAUGAGGCCAAAUUUGGAAUGUGGCACUAAUGAACCAAGAGGUGCUUUUCCUGUUGAUUCCAUCAUGGGUUUGUAUCUGUCACUUGAGAAUGGCAAGUUUUGGUUCCCAGCUCAGGUGUACAAUCGCGAGAAUGGGCAUUCUGGGUUCAUGCUUUCAUGCUACGAUGCUCAUGUCAGCUAUGAUUCUCAGACAGACACUUUUCAGGCAAGGUAUUUGUCACAUGGACGGCGAACGGUGGAAGAGAACAUACCGUGGGAUAGACUCAGAGCACCCCCUAUUAAUACUCCACCGCACGAGCUUCAUAACUCAGAUUGUCUAAAUGACCUGAGACCUGGCGACCAUAUCGAAAUCCAAUGGAGAAAAUCCAAAGAGUUUCCCUAUGGUUGGUGGUAUGGUAUUGUUGGCCAUCAGGAGUCCUGUGACGGAAAUGAAGAUCAUUGCCGAUGCCAUUAUAGUGAUAAUGUGAUGUUAGAGUUCAACCAGUACCCAGCUGACUCGAGAUGGAGAAGAACGGUCAUAAACCGAAAGGAACACCGAGAAGCUGGAACCGAAGGUAAUGGCUUUUAUGGAGGGGUUAGAAAGCUUUACACGAACGAGGAAGUCUCAAUGUGGAAGAAGCUCCGGCCAUCUCAUGUAAUGGAAUAGUCCUUAGCAGCAAUGCAUCCUUGCACUCGACAACUCUGUACAUAGACCAUCUCUACCUUUUUGCUCGACUCGACCAGUCCGAAACAUGAUUGGUUUUUCGAGCCUAGGAUUUCUAGGGUGAGAAGAUGGACAUCGGGCUUCAUUUUUCUUUAAUGUGUAGAGGCCUCGUACGACGAAUGUCCAUGUCUAGCAUUUGAGCUAGGGGAUGUAAAUGAUUUGUUGAAGGAAAACUCCCAUUUGUAAUCCAGGGUUGCUGAUUCAGUACAUAUCUGUAUCAAUUGAGCUGAAAAGCAUCCUGGUCUUUUCAGGUGCAUCUUUCGGUGCAUUUACAUUCACUGAAAUCUCUAUCAAACAGAAAUGCCUUUGACAUAUGCAGUUAUCAUUAUAACAUUAGGACUUACAAUUGUGGAUAUUAAACACCAGAAAUGAUGGUAUUGCUGGUACGUCUGAACACGCUUAGCGGAAUAUCCAGCUCCCAAGCUCAUCGCAGAUGACAGUCGAAGGAAGAUUUCAUUUCGGCCCUGUUUACAGACUCGCGAUCGUCUCAAAGUCGAUGGAUGCCGUUAAUCACAGAAUUCGCCGCAAUUUGCCCGCGCGAUCAGACACUGAUAGGAAAUGGCCAAGAAAAGAAAGCUUGUGUCACUACUAGAUGAGAGUGGCAUCCGUCUCCAAGGCAGAGAAUUCAUUCACCAAAACAUGCACUGUACAUGGACAAAUGCGUCCAUCUUUUGGUGCUUUCUGUUGCCCCGGAUUAAAUGUUGAUUCAUUGGGUCUUUUGCUCUUCUUUGAGGGGCCUUGGGCCUAAUCCUAGUUUCAGGCCAGCAUUUUCCUUUACACCAUGAUGAUCAAUUUGCGUUUUUUUAUGGUC